GUAGGAUUUACAAUAUACGUCUAAUUGAUUUUUCUUAUUUUUGUUGAUACAAACUACGUAUCAAUUGUUAGUUUAAAAAAUCACUAAAUUGAUCGAAUUUAUUAAGAACUCUUAGUGUUCUGUUGUAAUCUAUUAAAAUUUAAGUUGUACAGAUAUGCCGUCCGUAGUACAAGAUUUAGCCGAAUUAAAUAAGACCUGCUCUGUACUUUACAUGGCAUUAUUUACUUUCUUGAUGCAACACUCUCAGGAUGACAAGUAUCAGACUCAGCAAGUAGAUGGUGGAGCAGACAUGUACGAUUUUAUCAUUGUAGGAGCUGGAUCAGCAGGAUCCGUAGUUGCCAAUCGGCUGACGGAAAACAACAAGUGGAAUGUACUUUUACUGGAAGCUGGAAGAGAGGAACCAGAAGCUACUGAUGUACCAGGAUUGGUUGUUGCACUUGAAGGAACAGACAUUGAUUGGAAAUACCGAACCGAACCAGAUAUAUUUGGAUGUUUAAAAAAUCAAGGGUGUGUCUAUCCUCGCGGCAAAGUAAUGGGUGGAUCAAGCUCAAUAAAUGUUAUGUUGUACGUCAGAGGAAAUCGUGAAGAUUUUGAUGGGUGGGAAAAAUUGGGAAAUCCUGGGUGGAGUUACAAAGAUGUGUUGCCAUACUUUUUAAAAUCAGAAGACAACAGAGAUGAGGAUAUUACAAAAGAAAAUUCGACAUAUCAUCAAACUGGAGGAUAUCUACCGAUAGAAAGGUUUCCUUAUACCUCAUCAGAUACAAAAAUUAUUUUGCAAGGACUUGAAGAAAUGGGACUUAAAAACAUUGACAUCAAUGGGGAGUCCCAAUUAGGAUCGAUGAAUUUGCAGACACAAUCAAGAAACUCAUCACGCGUGAGUACUAACGCUGCUUUCCUUCGACCUAUAAGAGACAAAAGGUCUAAUUUGUUUAUAAAAACAAGAGUGUUUGUUCAAAGAAUUGUGAUUGAUCCAAAUUCAAAGAGAGCUAUAGGUGUUGAAUAUACAUCAGUUCUCACAGGUCAACGUAGAACGGUAUUCGCAAGAAGAGAAGUGAUUGUGUCUGCGGGUGCUAUAAAUUCACCAAAGUUGCUAAUGCUUUCUGGAGUCGGCCCAACUGAAGAACUUGAAAAAAAUGAUAUUGUUGUAAUGCAAAAUUUAUCUGUCGGUCAUAAUCUUCAAGAUCACGUGACUCAUACUGGAGUAUCUUGUCACAUAAAAAGCAGAGAGAUAAAUAGUUAUUAUUAUCCACAAAGGCUAAAUGAUUUGAAUUACUAUCUUGCAACACACAGAGGUCCAUUUUCUUCUUAUCUAUCUACUGUUACUGCAUUACUUAGAACUGACUUGGAAAAAAGUCAGAGCUCUCCUGACAUGCAAUUUUUUUUCUUUUCCACUCCAGAUUCUGUUUACUAUAACACAUUUGUUCUUGUCCCAACUCUAAUAGCACCAGAUAGUAAAGGAUUCAUUCGACUUAAUAAUACUGAUCCCACCUGGCAUCAUCCUGAAAUUCACAUAAAAUAUUUGUCAGUGGAAUCGGAUUUGAAGCGCUUGAUUCAAGGUACCAAGAGGAUCCUUGAGUUAUUUAAUACUACUAUAUUUAAACAAAAUAAUUUCGUUCUUAAUGAAACUCCUUUGCCGCCUUGUGACACAUUUAAAUUCAACACUGAAGAAUAUUGGAUUUGUGUGAUCAAGCAGUAUACUCACACAUUAUAUCAUCCUGUUGGAACUUGCAAAAUGGGUCCUAAGGAAGAUUCUGAAGCAGUUGUUGACCCAAGAUUGAGAGUUUAUGGUAUUAAAAAUUUAAGGGUGGUGGAUGCUUCCAUCAUGCCAGUUAUUGUCAGAGCCAAUACUAAUGCUGCGACUAUUAUGAUUGCUGAAAAAGCGAGUGAUAUGAUAAAAGCAGAUUGGGCAUAAAGAUCUCGAAGAAUAUUUUUGUAAAAGUGCAAUCCGUUAGUUUUAUUUUCUAUAUCCAUUUGACUUUGAUUAAAUUGUUUAUCAAUUCAAUUAAACUUUUUGUACAUCUAUUUUUAAUAAGAAUAAAA